AUGGAUCGGACCUAUCAGUCGCUGAUCAGGCCGAAUCAUCACUCAUUGUUCGGGAACCACGCGAGACAUGCAUCAAGAAGGCAGAGGAGCAAAUCAGCGCUUCGCGAGACAUUUGGGAGUCAAGUCCUUCGCGAGCUCACUAACAAUUCCAAAGAAGGAAUAUCACUAAGCGAAAUAUUCUCAUUUUAUCGAUUGCCUUGGACGAAAGUGCGAAGCAAAAAUGACAUCAGGAAGCAACGCCGCUCAACACUUUAUUCAUUUUAUUUCGAGCAAGUCAAUAAGGGUCGAAUACAGUUCUCAGUCAUCCUAUUGUUUCUCAUCUGUGCCACAGAAGCGGUUUUCGCGUUUGUCGAACAUCUCUGGAUCAAACUUGCAGUUUUAAUAGCAAUCAAUAUAACACUUUCAACUUUAGCAAUUUUAUAUACAAAGAGAACCCAAAUUUUAUGUAUAUUUACUGUAAUUGCGUGUGUGAUAAUCACAGCAUGCUCCACAAUGAGAUCCCCAGUAUCAUAUUUAUUAGUUUUCACCACUUAUACAUUAUUACCAAUGUCUUUCAUAUCUAUGAAAAUGAUGCGAAUAUUGAUGCUCAUAAUAGUCAAUGUCAUCGGGUGUUUGGUGUAUUAUCCAACGGAAUUUGUACAAAGAAAAACGUUUCACGAAACCAGAAAAUGUGUACAAUCGCGGAUGUUAUUGGAUAGGGAAAUGCAUCGACAGGAAAAAAUAUUGUUGUCGGUUCUGCCAAAACAUAUUGCAUUCGAGGUCAAAAAAGACAUGCAAGAACGGGAAGAAGAGGAGCGCUUAUUUCAUAAGAUCUACAUCAAAAAAUACGAGGAUAUCAGCAUUUUGUUCGCCGAUAUUUGCGGUUUCACCAAUUUGGCAUCCGAAUAUACCGCAGAGGAUCUUGUGCUUAUGCUGAAUGAGUUGUUCGCGAGAUUCGAUAAGCUCGCUUCAAUCCAUCAGUGUAUGCGUAUCAAGAUUCUAGGCGAUUGUUAUUAUUGUGUGUGCGGUGUGCCCGAUUAUCAGCCGAAUCACGCGGCCAAUACCGUUGAAAUGGGUCUAGACAUGAUUGAGGCAAUCAAAUUGGUGCGGGAAAUGACACGUGUCAAUGUGAAUAUGCGGGUUGGAAUUCAUACCGGAAAAGCGCAUUGCGGGGUGUUGGGCUUGAAAAAGUGGCAAUUUGAUGUUUGGAGCGACGAUGUCACGUUGGCAAAUCAUAUGGAGAGCGGUGGACUGCCCGGACGAAUUCACAUCACCGAGGCGACGAAGAAAUGCUUGAACGACGCUUACAUUCUCGAGCCGGGCAACGGCGAAACUCGCUCGAAGUACCUCAAAGGCGUCACAACGUAUCUUGUCGUUGAUAAAAAUGAUGAGAGAGCGAAAGACGUCGACAAAACGAAUUUGGCGCCGAGAGCGAAGGUCUCGAAGGGAAUCAGCAAACAGGAGAGACUCACGGGAAUAUCGACGAGGCAUCGUGGAACAAGUUUGAGGUACGGGCUGUCCGAAGAGCAGACGAUUGUCGAUAAUGUGGAUUCCCAUUUGCGGCAGGGGAUUCAAGCAAUUCAUCAAGAGAAUUGGAAACGCCUUUUUUGCAAACAAUGGUCUUUGAAGUAUAAGCAAGUUAAAGUCGAAAAUAAGUAUGUCAAGAUGAAGUACAAACACGUUCCGACGCAAAUUGUCACAUUUCUCAUCGUAAUAUGCAUGGCUCUUGCGAAUUAUCAAGGCAUUGAUGUUCUAUGGUCGUUCGAUUUGAUCCCACAAGGGCUGAUUCUAAUCAUCGGCAUUUCAAUUAUUCUCAUCUCAAAGACGCUUUGCCAGAACACGCACAAAUGCGAUUCAUCGAUUUGCUUUAAAAACAGCUCGCAAGAUUUGAUUGAAAUUGUGAUCACUUUAACAUUGGCCUGCGACACAAUACUAUCCGCCGAUUUUCUCACCAAAUUCAUCAUGUCGAUUACACUUUGUGGUUCAUAUUUGGUGAUGAUUACCUACAAUUUCUGGUCCCUACCUGAUUAUCAUACGUGUAUUCAUACAUUUUCCCACCUUUGUAUUCUUUCGAUUUUGACGCUCAUGCUGUCGGCGUUUAGCUCAAGAAGAACCGAACUCAUUGCUAGAUACGACUUCAUUUGGAAGUUGCAGGCUUUUGACGAACAAUUACAAAUGAAGAGCAAACAUGAGCAGAAUCGGAAUGUGCUCGAGAACAUUCUUCCGUCUCAUGUUGCCAAGCACUUUGUCGAAGACUCAACGAGCUUCACCCAACUGUACCAUGAAGCUCGUGACAACGCGUGCAUCAUGUUCGCCACAUUAAUGGAAUUUGAUAAAUUCUAUAUUGAAUGCGAUGGGAAUAACGAAGGUGUCGAAUGUCUGCGCCUUCUGAAUGAAAUCAUCUCGGAUUUCGAUGAAUUAUUGGAUCGUGAGGAAUUCAAAUCGAUUGAGAAGAUCAAGACAAUCUCGACGACGUAUAUGGUGGCGAGCGGAUUGGCGGGAGAAGUCAAUAAUAAUGAUUCGCAUGUGGAGACGAUUGCCAAAUUUGCGAGAGAGCUUCUAGCAAAGAUUACGGUCAUCAAUGAGCAUAGCUUUAAUAAUUUCAAUCUUCGAAUUGGCAUCAAUGUUGGGCCAGUGGUUGCUGGUGUGAUUGGAAUCGACAAACCCCACUACGACAUAUGGGGCAAUAGUGUGAAUGUAGCGAGUCGAAUGGAUAGCUCAGGAGUUGCUGGACGAAUCCAGGUAACCGAAGAAGUGAAGAAUGUGCUGGAACCUCUUGGAUAUAAAUUCGAGUGUCGCGGACAGAUCAAUGUGAAAGGCAAAGGCUUGAUGACCACAUAUUUCCUGCUUGAUGAUUGA